UGAUUCUGGUAAUAGAGGCUGGAGCCACAUACCAGGGCGGUGGUGGGCGGCCUAGGGUGGUGGGUGUCAGUGUGGUGAAAGUGGCCAGUGCGGCGGGACAGCCCGAUCCAGAGGACAACUCGCACUCAAGGUAAAAGAUCCCAAAAGCCUCGUCGUGCCAAAAGGACGUUUCUGGGCCAAUUUACCGUCUGGAUAAUAAUAAGGAUCCAUCGGAGGCGUCUCCCCGAAAAUGAACUUCGGUUCAAGCAUGUUCUGCUACCACUGUCCCCCGAGUUUGCACCCAGGAUCUUCACCCAGAAUUCCAACGCUGGAGUUCCCGUACUCACCCGCACAUCCAUAUACGAGCUACACCUACCAUCCAGACCUCCACGAUGAGACCUUCGUCAGAAGAAAACAGAGACGCAACCGCACAACCUUCACUUUACAACAGCUGGAAGAGCUGGAGAAUGCUUUUGCGCAGACCCACUACCCAGACGUGUUCACGCGAGAGGAACUGGCGAUGAAGAUCAAUCUCACGGAGGCCAGAGUACAGGUGUGGUUCCAAAACAGACGAGCCAAAUGGAGGAAGAGCGAGCGCCUGAAGGAGGACCAGCGCAAGAGAGAGGUGGUCGACGGGGACCCCAAUUCCAACACCCAGUCUCAGAGCGAGGGCGGCGACGAGGGAGAAGUGGCGACCAGUAACCUGGAAGUGGCCUCCCCAACUUCGCCCUGCUCCCCCCACUCUUCCCGCCCACAUACCCCAACGCCCAUUACCAGUACCCAUACCCCACACGACGACUACAACGCCCACUCACCCGUUGGGCACAUUCCUCCCUCACCCAAGCAGGCCCCAUCCUCUCCCCUCGAGCCAGACCAAUCGACUUCGCCUUUAGUCUACGACAACGCCCGAAUCUACGAGGAGAGAGGCAUCGAUGGGCGGGACCUCCUGCCCAGGGAAGGGCGUGAGAGCGACAUCCCUGGGCGUGAUGGAUCGCCCACACCGCCCGCAGCAAAAUCUGUCUCACCAAAGCCCGAAGAACGCAGAGUGGAUGGGGCGGAGAGUUCUCCCGGUCCAGCCCCUCUCAGUGACGUCACCUCCACGUCACAUCUUUCACCACCAAUCAUACGGCCUCCAGUGUCCAUAAGCAGUGCAGUGGGCGGAGCUAUGGGCGGAUCCACCUUCACGCCGCAUCUAUUCCCCUCACUCAUUGACAGCAGGUUUCGGCCUUUAAUCGAGCGCUCCCCAGGACUCUUCUUCCCACCCCACCUUCCAGGACCUCUCGCUUCUCACCUGUUCCCUCACUUGAAAGGAUUUCCCGGACUCUGCUCCUGUUGUCCCAUCAAACCUCCAUCGUUCAACCCGCUGUCAAGCUUAGGUCCUACCUCGCUGGCUAACCCUCUGUCGUCGCUGACCAGUCAGGCGCCUUCCUUGGCCUCCCUGGCGAGUCAGACGCCACCCUCCCUCGCGUCUCUCACCAGCCAGACGCCCUUGGCGUCACUCAGCAGCGACCCGCGGAGUUCCAGCGUGGCUGAGCUUCGUCGGAAGGCGCAGGAACACUCGGCCGCGGUACUGCAGUCGCUGCACGCUGCUUCGCUUCACAACUUGCAGCAGUCGCUGCAUCAGUCGUCGGCCCUGAACAUUGAGAACCUUCUGAAGAACGAAUCACCCGCACCGGCAGAGAGGGAAAACUCACAGUAGUGCUUUCAUCUUUCCCCUUAGCAUUGUUAUGACUUGUUUUCUUCUUCUUCUUCUUCUUCUGCUCUCAUUCAUUUCUGGAGGACUAGUCUUUUGUUUUACGAAGAUCUAAAUUUCACCCUGAGUGCUUUGCAUUUCCAUAUUUACUUUUCUUCAGAUUUAGUAUGUUUUCUAGCUAAGAAAAUUCGUUUAACCGUUGAUGAAUCUUAAGUAUCUUGUACGAGUAAAGUUGAAUUGUCUACUUAUCUCUGUGAUUCUUCAGCUACCUUGGUAAAGAAGAAGAAGACGAAGAAGAAGAAGAAAACACGAGAAUUAUCUCUUUUCACACAAAUUUUCCCUAAAAGAUAGUCGAUGCUUGUUCCCCAAGUAGAACUUCCAGUGUAUGUCAACUUUCUACCUUUUGGAAUAUGAUACAGUGAUUAUACACGGGCACAUGCUGUAGAUAUCCUAUAUAAUCAUAUGGGUCCUGCGUUUGAGAGAAAUUCAUAGCCUUAGUAUACGUUAACACAAAAAGAAAUUCAACAGUUUUGAAACAAAGGCAGUCCUUGUGAUGAAAGGUUAAGGACUCGGAUACUGAAUGUUUUUUAUUAAUGAUAUUCUAUCAAAUAUCUCUUUAAUCUUGAUAGAAGCAAAAAGUAAGUUUUUGUUAUUUGCAAGUCACAUGACCGUCUAAGCUAUUUUAAACGGCGAAUGAUGUCUUCAGUGAUAAUUUACUUUGAUAACCACUGAAUGCUGAGGAAGAAUGAAUUCAGCAGAAAGAAAGCCAAUCUAAGCUUUUGAGCGAUGAAAUCUCGUAGAAGACAAAGCUUGGACAUGACACGGAGGCCUCACGACACAGAUGACACUGGUGUCGGCCGCAGUCUCGACGGCAACCGACGAUUUUGAUGAUCACCUCAUGACAAUAUGAAGCAAUAAGUUACUGUUUAACAGAUGGCUUAAAAACUCGUAUAAUGAUAAUGAUGACAAUAAUAACAUUAAUUCUAAUAUAGUAAAACUAAUUAUAAUGAUACCUAUUAGGUAAAUAAGACACUGAUUAUUAUGUUCUGUUGAGAUAACAUUUCGGUAGAGCAUAAUGCUUUUAAUCUGUAAAAAGGAAAAAUAUGCGUUGAAUCCCGUCAUAAAAAGGUAUAUGUAAAUGACUUUGUACAUUAGAUAUUUUUUUCUUAACGUGUUAUAUUUACAAACAUAUUAACAGAUAAGUACAUAACUAUUGUCGUUCGAAUUGUGUAGUGAUUCUAGUAGUCUGUAAAUAUCAUGUCGUUCUUUCUGUGCCAAAGACUCCUCUCUCUCUCUCUCUCUCUCUCUCUCUCUCUCUCUCUCUCUCUCUCUGUCUGUCUGCCUGUCUCUCUGUCGCUCGCCGCCCUAACGGAUGGGAUCCCAGCAUACAAGGCUACCUCAAAAUACGUCUUUUUUUCUCUUCUUUUCUGUCUCCUCCGGAGUCCGACGGAACGGGCGCCUCGAUUUUCCUCUCCUUAUCGAAGCAAGGCUCCCAGGAAACGAUAUAGAAGUGAGCAUAAAUGUGAGUUAGGUUUACCUCCGAAGUAUAAAAGAAGAGAGAGAGAGGGAAAAAAAAGAAAGACUCCGGGACAGUUGGUAGCUCGGGAAUUCCACGAGAACUCUCUGAAAUAAGAUUUUGGUCCAGUUCCACGUGAAUCAGUAGGCCAAUUUGCUAAAAAACUUUCUUUCGAAUCCUUGUUAUUCGGCAGGCCACUUAGCUAAAAUAAUUGUUGUCCAAGGAUUAUAGUUUUAUCAGAAAUACAAAGCAUCUUCGUUGAAGAAUGGAAUAAAAAAUAACUUUUACUUCUUCAGUUUGAUAGUUUUGAUCUCAUUUGCAAUUA